AUGUCCCGUUUUUUUUCGUCUAAUUACGAAUACGAUGUUGCCAGUUCUUCAUCCGAAGAAGAUCUUUUAUCUUCUUCUGAGGAAGAUUUGUUAAGCUCUUCCUCCUCUGAGUCUGAAUUGGACCAAGAAUCUGACGACUCCUUUUUCAAUGAAAGUGAAAGCGAAAGUGAAGCUGAUGUAGACUCUGAUGACUCUGAUGCAAAGCCUUAUGGACCUGACUGGUUCAAAAAAUCCGAGUUCAGAAAACAAGGUGGAGGCUCAAAUAAAUUUUUGAAAAGCUCCAACUAUGAUUCCAGUGAUGAAGAAUCCGAUGACGAAGAUAACAAGAAGGUGGUCAAGUCUGCCAAGGAAAAAUUAUUGGACGAAAUGCAAGACGUUUAUAAUAAGAUCUCUCAAGCUGAGAAUUCUGAUGACUGGUUGACCAUCUCCAAUGAGUUUGAUCUGAUCUCGCGUCUCUUAAUUAGGGCUCAACAACAAAACUGGGGGACUCCAAACAUUUUCAUCAAAGUUGUUGCCCAAGUGGAAGACGCUGUGAAUAAUACCCAACAAGCUGACUUGAAAAAUAAAGCUGUUGCAAGAGCUUAUAACACCACAAAGCAAAGAGUCAAGAAGGUUUCCAGAGAAAAUGAAGACUCAAUGGCUAAAUUCAGAAAUGAUCCUGAAUCCUUUGAUAAGGAACCAACUGCAGAUUUGGAUGUUUCUGCUAAUGGAUUCACAAUUUCUUCGUCUCAAGGCAAUGACCUUGCCGUACAAGAAGAUUUCUUCACCAGAUUACAAACAAUAAUUGACUCAAGAGGUAAGAAAACCGUUAAUCAACAAUCCUUGAUUUCUACUUUGGAGGAGUUAUUAACUGUAGCUGAAAAACCAUAUGAAUUUAUAAUGGCUUAUUUGACUCUGAUUCCAUCAAGAUUCGAUGCCUCAGCUAAUUUAUCUUACCAACCAAUUGAUCAAUGGAAAUCUUCAUUUAAUGAUAUCAGUAAAUUAUUGUCUAUUUUAGAUCAGACUAUUGACACUUACCAGGUUAACGAAUUUGCUGAUCCAAUCGAUUUCAUUGAAGAUGAACCUAAAGAAGAUUCUAAUGGUGUCAAGAAGAUUUUGGGUUCCAUUUUCUCAUUUGUUGAAAGAUUGGACGACGAAUUCAUGAAAUCCCUAUUAAACAUUGAUCCUCAUUCCAGUGAUUAUUUGAUUCGUUUAAGGGAUGAACAAUCAGUCUACAAUUUGAUCUUAAGAACUCAGUUGUACUUUGAAGCUACUUUGAAAGAUGAACACGACUUAGAGAGAGCAUUGACACGUCCAUUUGUAAAAAGAUUGGAUCAUAUCUACUACAAAUCCGAAAAUUUGAUAAAAAUUAUGGAAACCGCUGCUUGGAAUAUCAUACCUGCUCAAUAUCAAUCCAAAUUCACUUCAAAAGACCAGCUCGAUUCCGUUAAUUAUGUUGACAAUUUGAUAGACGGAUUAUCGUCAAUCUUGUCCAAGCAAAACAAUAUUGCUGUCCAAAAACGUGCUAUUUUAUACAACAUUUACUAUACUGCAUUAAACAAAGAUUUCCAAACUGCUAAAGAUAUGCUAUUAACUUCUCAGGUUCAAACUAAUAUCAACCAAUUCGAUUCCUCUCUUCAAAUUUUAUUCAACAGGGUUGUUGUUCAAUUGGGUUUAUCCGCGUUCAAAUUAUGUUUGAUUGAAGAAUGUCAUCAAAUUUUGAAUGAUCUUUUGUCAAGUUCUCACUUAAGAGAAAUUUUGGGUCAACAAUCCCUACACAGAAUUUCCAUCAAUUCCAGUAACAACGCUUCUGCUGAUGAGCGUGCUAGACAAUGUUUACCAUAUCACCAACACAUUAAUCUAGAUUUAAUUGAUGUCGUCUUCUUAACAUGUUCCUUGUUGAUCGAAAUCCCAAGAAUGACUGCAUUCUACUCCGGUAUUAAGGUCAAGAGAAUCCCAUACUCUCCAAAAUCUAUUCGUCGUUCUUUAGAACACUACGACAAAUUGAGUUUCCAAGGUCCACCGGAAACUUUGAGAGACUAUGUCUUGUUUGCUGCCAAAUCAAUGCAAAAGGGCAGCUGGAGAGACUCCGUUAAAUACUUAAGAGAAAUAAAGUCUUGGGCUUUACUACCAAACAUGGAAACGGUAUUGAACAGUUUAACCGAAAGGGUACAAGUUGAAUCUUUAAAGACUUACUUCUUUUCUUACAAGAGAUUCUAUUCAAGCUUUUCUGUCGCUAAACUAGCCGAACUGUUUGAUCUUCCAGAAAAUAAAGUGGUUGAAGUCCUGCAAUCUGUUAUCACAGAAUUGGAAAUCCCAGCCAAAGUAAACGAUGAGAAAACCAUCAUCGUUAUCGAAAAGGGUGACGAAAUUACUAAAUUGGAAGAAGCCAUGGUAAAAUUAAACAAAGAAUAUAAAAUCGCUAAAGAACGCCUUAACCCACCAUCAAAUCGUCGUUAA